AUGAGCACAACGCAGCCUCUUGAAAACCACAUUGCCAACUACGGAGACGCGUCAAACACUUCCUGGACGGAGGAGCGUAAUCGGAUUUGGCGUCACGGGGAGACAGGUGCUGCGGUUUCCUGGGUUCCCAUUCACGGACACGCUAUACUGCCUGGCAAUCCAUUUCUACAUUUCCCUGGCGCGCCAUCAGGCACCAUUGAGCAUGCCAUUCUGCAUGCCAUGCAAGUGGCCAAGGGCUCAGACACCAUCAACUUGACUUUCCGAGCCGCCGCUUCCUCCGAGCUGCAUGCUUCGCACCACAUGUCUGGCAUGAGGGUCAGGAUGCUCCAGCGCAUCUACCAGACAAUCGCGAAAGAAUUCAAACUCACACAGAAGAGCGGUUUCAGACAAAAGUUGGGUGGAGUGGAGGGCCCUAUCUACGUGUGCUACCCACCUCAUGGUCUGGCCCUCAGUGGAGGCCGCGCUAUUGUAGGAUUCUUUGAGGAAGGACCUGAAGAUGACGAUGAGUGA